GGAACACUUUUUUAAUGGCGAGGGGUAUAGAUGCCACGUGGCCACUCCGGCGGUGUGGCACGCGAUUUGGUCAAAGGAUAUGUCCAAGUGUCCUGCAUAUUUGGCUUCUGYCGUGCAGGCCUUGCAGAGUCUCCCUCUAGGUCAUCCCUCUUUUCAAUGGCCACCUCUUCGUUUUCCCGAUGACGUCGUUCCGCCGCCCCCGUCGACCGUUGCCCCCUCGCAAGUGGCGCCAUCUCCAUGUGCACCACUUGCUCCCCUCCCCCCUCGUCCGCUUCGYCAGACGAUUCCCGCAUCCGUUGAUGGCAGACCAUCUGUGGCAACGCAGCCUGAUGCGCAAGGCACCGUGCCAGUUUCAGGUGUAGGGGAACCUGUGUCGUUCAACGAGCAAGGCACUCGUGCUUUCGUCGAGGGYGGUGGGUGGGGGAAGGACGCUGGCACAUCAUCAGGCCUCGCCCCGUUGGUCACUGGCAACAAGGACAAGGUCCCAAGAGUUCGACGCGCAGACACACGUCCGACCGUGGCAGGAGCAUCGGCAACAGGACAUCAAUCCACUGCGUAUCCAUGGUUGCCUCCCCCUCCUUCGCAAACACGACGGCCUACACCAAACUUGACUUCGACACCUGUUGGCGAGGCCGCUGCAACGGCCACAAAGGGUGCGGGAAACGUCUCGCUCGACGAGCCCGUCCAGGUUUCGGAUUCGUCACCCACUCCUGUGCCCGUGAACGGCCCGACCUCGCAGCACGGUGUUUUUGGGACACUGGAUCCUUUACAGAAUCUGCGCAACAUUGCAGCUCCGAGUCCAGGCCCCACCGCAUCACCUGCAGCCGGGGGCGGGGUGUGGGAUUCGCUAGGGAUGGGCGCCGGUGCACGAGUGAGGGGCACUUACAGGCAGCAGGCGGUGACCUCGUAUUACAACGACCCGCUGGAGCACGCAUGGCACCUGCAGAUCAUGCGAUUCAUUGUCGAGAGCGGCAUGCCGUUCAACUCUGUGAAGCUUGAGAGCUUCAAACGCAUGUUGACGUUGAUCAUCCCGCCUGGGGUUCCAGGAGUCCCCACCCCAAAACCCCCAAYGUAUCACAUGAUCCGUACCACACUUUUGGAUGAGCUUGAUGUGGAAGUCCAAAAGUGUCUACCCCAUGUGUCACCGCCCAAGCCACAACAGCCUGUUGUCAUBGAGCGUGGAUCGGACGGGUUUGACGUGGCAGGAGGCGUUAUCGUCGAUAUGAUUACGAGCCCAGUGGUGUCUGCCACGCCCACAAUUUUUCGUGUUGGCAAACUACGCGAGGUGGCCCUUGGUUUGGCGGAGACGGUGACGCGACACCGCCGCGACGGUCAGCGCAGCAUCGCACAACGUAGUCUUUCUCAUUCGUUUGACGGCGCAGAGGAAGGGUCUCCUGGUAGGCCAGUUGACACACUCCAAAGAGAAGCAAGACCCCCAAGUCCGCCGUCAAACUUGGAGCAUCAUCCGAUUGCCGCGGCUGUCGGCGCAGAUGCGGGCGUCCCCGUCACAAACAGUGGCGCAGACGCGACAGAACAGCUUGUGGUUGGGUCAUCGGCGACAGCACGGCGCGACAGAGCCACUGUUUUGCCGACAAUGGCAUUCUAUGCCAGCGGGAAGAGUACUGGGGGGAUGGAUGAGCAAGGAGUCCGGAAUGUUGGCAGGCCAUCUGCACCGUCUAUGGGGAAACGAUCCAUUGGGAGUGUGGAUGGUGCUCGGCACACCGCCAUGGCAGAGUUUGAGGACCGACACAGGAGUGCUUUGCCGACGAAGACGUCUGAUGUCCAUGCUACRAGAGCCGCAAAGGCGAGUCUUUCUCGGGCAAGGAAGAAGGCCUCGRCAAGGAAGGCGUCACGUUCAUCCUCACAUAUGCGUUCCCAAGAGAGAGGAUCGGGCGUUGUGCAUCUCGAGGACGGAGAGAUUGCACCUGACGGCGACGCAUUGGAUGUUGGAGGGAGGGAUGCAACGACGGCGAAUAUCGUCGGCAGGGAGGGCACAGGGAAUGCAGUGGCAGGUCAGAAGAGACGCGGCAGUGUACUUAUCGUCCACGACGACAGCACAGAUGUCGCCCCGGGAGAGACCACAGGCACUGAUGAUGCAGGGGACUCCGCUUACGUACCCAAACCACGGGCGGCAGAUGGAGAUGAUGGAGGAGGGCGACGAGUGAGACCGAGGACACGACUUGGGCCGCAAGGGCAGCGAGCACAAGGCACACCAUCGGCGAUGAUUCCUGCCCCUAUAGAUCGGCGAGCUCAGGCGCAGCGGUUGCUGCGCAAAAUGGAGGCCACUCUUCAACAGACGCACGGAGCUCCGUCGUUGUCGUCAGGGUGUCCUUGACAUGAGUCAAGGCGUUGCCCAACGCCGGACACAACCUCGA